AUGGAACAAAGUGACCAAGUAACUUUCAACACAAUGAAGCUCCAUCUACUGGUACCAAGAAACAAUUACCCGCCCGUUGUCCCCUUACCGAGCGCACCAUUUGCGCUCAUCAUCCCACCUUCGUGUCAGCAGGCGGCUGUUUGUCUUCGGCCGACCAACCAGCUACCAACACUCGUAUUCAAAUAA